GCUCGUUCCGUUGCCAUGCCAGCCACUGCGGCGGGGAGGGGCAGGAGCGGGCUGGGCGCCUCCUCGCUCCAGUCCUCCGGCGCUAGGGGGCGCGAGGGAGGAUCCUCACCGCAGGGGCGUUCCCCUCGCUCGCUGGCCAGCAACCAAGGAGCGGCGGCGGCGACGGGUGCCGACCGCGUCCGCUUCCCUUCGUCACGUGGGGCUGGCGGUUCCUGGAAGCGGGGGGGAGUGACGUCACUCCACCCCCUUCGGUCCCAUCAGCCUCUGCGCGCGCCGCGGGACUGCCGGCGGGUUUGUUGCUCAGCUCCCACAGUGCCCUGGUGGCGGCGUCAUGGCGGCGGCCCUAGACCCGGCCCGUCCGCGAAGCUGACAGUGGCCAUGGAACAGAAGCCAGAUGAUGCAGAAUAUUACUGUCAAAGAGCUUAUGCUCAUAUUCUUCUACAGAAUUACUGCGAUGCUGUUACAGAUGCAAAGAAGUCCCUAGAACUCAAUCCCAAUAAUGCCACAGCUUUUCUCAGAAAAGGGAUAAGUGAAUACCAUAUCAAAAACUAUGCUUCUGCUCUAGAGUCUUUCAAAGAAGGACAGAAAUUGGACAAUGUGGGUACUUCUUUUACUAUUUGGAUUAAAAGAUGCGAAGAAAAACUAAACACAGGAUCACAGACUGAAAUGACUACAGGACAGCAAACUCAUCCAUCAAAAAUCAAGUAUGACUGGUACCAAACAGAAUCUCAAGUAAUCGUAACUCUCAUGAUCAAGAAUGCACAGAAGGAUGACAUCAGUGUACAAUUUUCUGAGAAAGAGCUGAAUGCAUUGGUGAGACUUCCAUCAGGAGAAGACUACAACUUAAAGCUUGUUCUUCUGCAUUCCAUAGUACCAGAGCAAAGUACAUUUAAAGUGCUUUCAACAAAGAUUGAGAUAAAAAUGAAGAAGCCAGAGGCUAUAAGAUGGGAGAAGCUGGAGGGGAAGGGAGAUUCUCCUAAGCUAAAACAAUACACAUCAGAUUCCAAACACCUAUAUCCAUCAUCCUCUCAUUAUACAAGGAACUGGGAUAAAUUGGUGGUUGAGAUCAAAGAAGAAGAAAAGAAUGAAAAAUUAGAGGGGGACGCCGCUUUAAAUAAACUCUUUCAGCAAAUCUAUUCAGAUGGUACAGAUGAAGUGAAACGUGCCAUGAACAAAUCCUUCAUGGAGUCUGGAGGGACUGUUCUGAGCACCAACUGGUCUGAUGUGGGGAAAAGGAAGGUAGACGUAAAUCCUCCUGAUGACAUGGAAUGGAAAAAAUUCUAAUCUGCUGAUUUGGCAUCUUUGUAUUGCCCAUAUUCACACACUGACCAUUGUGUAUGGACAUAGCAUUCUUGGAUUUAAGACACUGAAUGUUCCCUUGAA